AUGCAAGCCAACGAGCGGCCGCCAAUUGGCAAGGGAUGGCCGCCAAUUGGCAAGGGCAAAUGGCAACCGCCAAUCGGCAAGGGUGCCAUGCCUUUGGGCGGUGGCAAGGGCAAGGGGCCACCACCAGGGCCGGGAAACUUCGGACCAGGGCCUGCAGGCGUCAUGCCGCCUCCACCGGUGCCUGCCAAUCGAAAGACGCAGCUUUGUGUCUACUUCAAGGAAGGUCGCUGCACGCGUGGAACUUCUUGCAAUUACGCUCACGGCGAGCAUGAGCUGGUGGAGAGGGGCGUGCCCAGCAGACCGCCUCCACCUCCACGAGAAGUGCGGCAUCCAGUUGGGACCAGAUUCGACGUGAGAUCUGGCCCACAGGUCCAUCGGCCGCCUCGAGACAUGCGACCUUCUAGGUCGAGGUCGCAGAGACGGAUCAGAAAAGUCGUCUUUGCCAAGUCCGAAGCAGUGGGUGCUGUUGAGCGGCCAGACUGCUCACUCCGUUCAGCAACUGAGCAGGAACCUGCCGCCGAUUUGCCCGAGCAGAAUCUGGCGAACGGGUCUGCGCCAAAGGUUGCCGAGGAAGGUGAGGCGCAGGAAAGCACUGUGCCCGAGAACGGGGAAAAGCCCAAGGAAGCAGAGGGUAUAGAUGUGGACGUUGACGCAGAGGCAGAGGCUGCAGAAAAGGAGCCACCGAAGGGUGCUCCUGCCGCGGCACCUGCUCCUGUUGUAGCAUCUUUCCUUCUUAGCGAGGAUGGUGCUGGGGAGCUCAGCCAGAUGUAUGGCCUUGGAGCGCAGCUGCUCCGGAGCAUGGGCUGGCGACCAGGAAGUGGUGUGGGAGCCAAUCUGGACGGAGAGCUUGAGCCAGUCUCCAUCCAGAUCCUGGGCUUGCCUUCCACUCACUUCGGGCGGAAGGAUCGGCGCUGUUUGGGGCGAAAGAAACCUAGGCGCCUCCGGGACUCUGACGAGUCGAGUCCAUCCAGGACGCCGUCAACAUCGUCCAGUAGAUCUACAAGCAAGUCGUCGCAAAAGAGCUCGAGAAGUAGCAGCCCCUCGAGCCGGAAAAAGCGAAGAAGGAGACGGAAGAAGCGAAAGAAGUCUCGCAGCAGCUCUAGCCGAAGGUCGUCUGCCUCCAGCAGCAGUUCUUCCAGCAAGAGCCAAAGGAAAAAGAAAAAAGGCAAGUUCACAAACGAAGCGCCUACUGAUAACUCCGGUGGCGCAGCUGCUGGCGCUGCAGCUGCAGCUACAGCCACGCCUCAGCAGGCGCAGGCAGUAGAAGAUCCAGAGACGGCACAAGCCAAGAAGAGAGUACUGGCUAAACUGACCGAGCUUCAAAAAGUUGAGCCAAAGGAGCAGAGAGCCAAGGAGUUCCGAAAUCUCUUACGCGAUUGGCAUCCGGAUAAGAAUCCUGAGAAGAAGGACAUGGCCACAGCAGUGUUCCAGUUCCUCCAGAAGGGCCUGCUGGGGAUGCGCCGAUGCAACACGGGAACCGUGAUGCCGGUUGCUGACAUCACAGAGGGAAUUCAAGAUGAGAUGCUGGCAGCCAUGUCCAGCCACAUGCGUAACGCAGCUGCGGCCUGUGCAGAGAUUUGCGCCGCACGCAUGCGAUUGUUGCAGACGGCGCUUUCGCGAAGCUUAGAUGAGGCACGGCGGCAGCAAGUUUUUGCACAGCCUCCGCUGUCUACGAGCUUGUCUUCGCAGGACACGAAGCGAGCAACAUUGGUGAGGCAAAUCCGCAGCAAGCUUGACUCGCAGGGUGACACGCCUGCAAGUUUCUUGCGGGCCCGGUCAGUGGCAGCGAGCCAAGGGCUUCUCAGCCGGGAUGAGUUCGUGGCCUGCAUUGCUUCGCUGAACCUUGGAGUGAGUCACACAGAUGUCUUGGAGCUCUUUGCCUUUGCCGUCGGCAGCAAUGAGCGGGACACUGCUGUGCUGGAAGAAAUCACACAGGCGCUCGAACUGUCCAGCCCUGCUCCUGCAAUGGCAAACGGCUGCUCCCAUCACGGUUGUGCCAAUGGCUACAGCAGCUCACCGCUGAGCCCUGAGGCCGAACGAGUCGUGGGACGUGUUCGAAGUGCCGUCGGACGGUCCAACCGCCCGUUCGAGGAGGUCUUUCGCGGAUUCUGCAAGUCAGGCGGCCGAGGAGCUGCAAUCAUGAGCCGGGCUGACUUGGCACGAGUGCUUUCCACCUUUGAACCCGACAUUGAUCCGGAGGUAGUUGCACGGCUCUGGCGCAUCACCGUUCCAGACGGCGCCCCCGGCCUGGACUUCAGCAACUUCUGCACUUGGUUCUGUCCCGGGGGCCGAGCUUUGCCUGGCCUUACCUCUUUUGCUAGCAACAUGGGGGAGUCGCAAAUGCUGUCCCAACUGCUGGAGAAGAGCAGUGGGCUGUCGAGAACGCCCAGUGGGGGUUUGCUUUCUCCGAUGUCUGCUUCGUUGCCAAACUUGCAGCUCGAGGGACUGCCGCUCUCUCCGGCAGGCGCCUCUCGCUUGGCGAACACGCUGGCGCCGGAGCAGCUCUCGGACGGAUGGCGUCAGGGAGGGCCGAGAAGCGCCUGGCCAACGUGGCCAGCUUUGGAGGCCGCGCACGUGCAACCUCCACUUUCAGCUAGGCUGUCACUGUUAUCACCGGAGGAUUUCCCGGCCAUUGCCUGCUUGGGCCGUUUGCAGACCUACAUUGUCUCCAAGGGCCUCACUGUGAAUUCUGCCUUCGUCUUGUACGAUACGCAUAUGGAGCAGGCUGUCUCGCAGGAAGGCUUUCUCUCCGCGGUUGAUCACCAUGGUUUCCCUCUGUCCAGAUCCGAGGCAGAGAUGCUCUUCAGCCGCCUUGCGCGACGGACAAGGCCCAACCAGCCUCCGAGCCUCUCCUUCGAGGACUUCCAAGCUUGCAUGAUGAGCCUGCCUAACCCCAUCCCACAGGUGCAGUGGGGGAAGGAUUUGAUCAAGUCCGUGGACAAGAUCACACGCUCUCAAGGAACACCCCUGGAGAACUUGUUCAAACAGCUUGGGGCAGAAUCUGUACGAGCGCUGGAUGUUCAAGCAGUGCUGUCGAGAUAUUCUCCCCAGCCUCUCAGUGAUGCACAGUGGUCCAACUUGCUACCUCUCUUGGACAAGAAACCCGAUGGCUCUGUGAUGUGGCCAAACAUGCUGAAGUGGGCCGGUGUGGAUUGCACGUCAGCGCCUGUGCCACCAGUCAAGCCUGUGUCACCAGCGCCACCUAGCCUUCCCGUGGCAGUUGCAAAGCCAACAGCACCGGUGCCUGCAGCCGCGACUGUGCCUACACCCGGGGCUGUGCCUCCCGUUCCGGCGCGGCCAGCAUCUUCGCCAUCGCCACCUGCACCUUCCCCACCAGGGGCGUGUAGACCCCUUGCUCCUGUUCCAGCACAACCUGCGUCUUCACCCUCCCCGCCUGCACCACCUGGUCCAUUAGCUCCCACCCCUGUGCCAGCACGGCCCCUCUCCUCUCCUGCUCCGCCCUCUCCUUGUGCCGCCGUCAGCAGAACGUUCCCAGUUCCACCGCUGCCACCUCCGUCUGCUUCCAGUGUUGGUGCCCUGCCACCGCCUUUGCCACCUCCGGCUGCGGGGCCUGCACCCCCUGGACCGCCUCUGCCGCAUCCACCUUCGGCUUGGGUUGGAGGCUACUAA